AUGGCGGGGCGGGCAGGAGGCCCGGUAGCCCCGGUGGCGGACGAGCUGGCCAACGCGGCUGCCCGCGGAGAUCUGCAGCGCGUGAAGGAGCUGCUGGACGGCGCGGCCGACCCCAACACCGUCAAUUCCUACGGCAGGACCCCCAUCCAGGUGAUGAUGCUGGGUAGCCCACGGGUGGCUGAGCUGCUGCUGCAGCGCGGGGCCGACCCCAACCGCCCUGACCCAAGCACCGGCUGCUUCCCGGUCCACGACGUGGCUCGCUCCGGAUUCCUAGAGACGCUGGCGGCCCUGCAUCGCGCCGGGGCCCGCCUCGACCUGCCUGACAACCGCGGCCGCCUUCCCCUCGACGUGGCAGCGGGGGGUCCGAACGGACCGGUGGGCUGCUACCUGCGGCACCCGCUGCCCCUCCCCUCCCAUCCUCCUUCUCCUUGGCGCUCCCCUUCCCUAAUUUAUCGGCCCCCUGAGGGAGACACGAAGCCGGAGAGCGCGCAGGCGCUAUGA